GUGACCCAGACUGUGGCUUGUAAAGUGAUGGUGGUGAAGAUCUACAAGAAUGACGUGGACCAAGAGGUGAUUGUGCGUGAGAUCAGCCUGCUGCAGAAGCUGUCCCACCCCAACAUUGUCAGGUACCUUGGGAUAUGUGUGAAGGAUGACAAGCUGUACCCCAUUCUGGAGUAUGUGAAUGGAGGUUGCCUGGAGGAGCUCCUGGCCAGCAAAGACAUUGCUUUGACUUGGAAGGAAAAAGUGGACCUAGCUUCUGACAUCACCAGAGGCAUGAUCUACCUGCAUUCCAAGAAUAUCUACCACCGAGAUCUCAACUCCAAGAACUGCCUCAUCCGAGUGACGUCGCGAGGCCGCGAGGCACUGGUGACUGACUUCGGGCUGGCCAGGGAGGUGGUGGAGCUGCCUGUGAAGGAUGUGGAAAGGAAACUGUCUCUGGUGGGCUCUGCUUUCUGGAUGGCUCCUGAGAUGCUGCGGGGUGAGCCCUAUGACCGGAAGGUGGACGUGUUUUCCUUUGGCAUUGUGCUCUGUGAAAUCCUGGGCAGGAUCCCAGCUGACCCCGAAGUGCUUCCCAGGACUCAGGAUUAUGGCUUGGAUGUUGCUGCCUUCCAAGGGAUGAUCAGCGAAUGCCCCAAGCGGGUGAUGGACCUUGCUGCUAGCUGCUGUUGG